AUGCAAGAGCAAAGGGUAAAAUCUACAGCUACCGUUGUAGAUUUGAAGCCACCACCUGCAGAGAAUGAGUUGGUUGAGAGGAUGCAAGGGAAAAAUGGAUCUGUAAAGAGAGUGAAGUCCCCUAUAACUGCUGCGCCUUAUACAGUUGCAGCUCUCCAAAUGGCAACAAAUAGCUUUAGUCAAGAAAAUAUUGUUGGUGAAGGCUCACUUGGUCGCGUUUAUAGAGCAGAAUUUUCCAAUGGAAAGAUAAUGGCCAUUAAGAAGAUCGACAAUGCAGCACUGUCACUGCAAGAGGAAGAUAAUUUUCUUGAAGCUGUUUCGAAUAUGUCACGCCUUAGGCACCCAAACAUCGUGCCACUGGCGGGAUAUUGUGCAGAGCAUGGGCAACGUCUUCUGGUUUUUGAUUAUAUUGGUAAUGGGAGCUUGCAUGAUAUGCUGCACUUUGCCGAUGAUAGGAGGGAGAUGUUGACAUGGAACGCACGUGUUAGAGUAGCACUUGGCACUGCUCGAGCUCUAGAGUACUUGCAUGAAGUAUGUCUGCCUUCUGUUGUACAUAGAAACUUCAAGUCGGCAAACAUUUUGCUGGACGAAGAGCUCAAUCCCCACUUGUCAGACUCUGGGUUAGCUGCUCUGACACCAAACACUGAGCGACAGAUAAUGGCCAUUAAGAAGAUCGACAAUGCAGCACUGUCACUGCAAGAGGAAGAUAAUUUUCUUGAAGCUGUUUCGAAUAUGUCACGCCUUAGGCACCCAAACAUCGUGCCACUGGCGGGAUAUUGUGCAGAGCAUGGGCAACGUCUUCUGGUUUUUGAUUAUAUUGGUAAUGGGAGCUUGCAUGAUAUGCUGCACUUUGCCGAUGAUAGGAGGGAGAUGUUGACAUGGAACGCACGUGUUAGAGUAGCACUUGGCACUGCUCGAGCUCUAGAGUACUUGCAUGAAGUAUGUCUGCCUUCUGUUGUACAUAGAAACUUCAAGUCGGCAAACAUUUUGCUGGACGAAGAGCUCAAUCCCCACUUGUCAGACUGUGGGUUAGCUGCUCUGACACCAAACACUGAGCGACAGGUUUCAUCAACUCAGAUGGUUGGUUCAUUUGGUUAUAGUGCUCCUGAGUUCACCUUAUCUGGCAUUUACACUGUAAAAAGUGACGUGUACAGCUUUGGGGUGGUAAUGUUGGAGUUGUUGACUGGUCGUAAGCCGCUUGAUAGCUCAAGGGUGAGAACGGAGCAGUCACUUGUAAGAUGGGCCACUCCUCAACUGCAUGAUAUAGAUGCCUUGGCAAAAAUGGUUGAUCCUGCUCUAAAUGGCAUGUAUCCUGCAAAGUCUUUGUCUCGCUUUGCUGACAUCAUUGCGCUCUGUGUUCAGCCCGAACCUGAGUUUCGGCCCCCCAUGUCUGAAGUUGUGCAAGCACUGGUUCGAUUGAUGCAAAGGGCAAGUGUGGUCAAAAGACGAUCCAGUGAUGAAUCAGGCUUUGUUUUCAAGACUCCUGAUCAUGAGGCAACUGACAUGUCAUAUUAGGUAUCCAGCCUUCCUAAUUUCAUUGGCAGCCUUUGCAAUUUUGGUAUGCAAUUAUGCAGAGUGAAGGGGGAUUAAAAUGCAAGUGGACUCGGGGCAAAAAGGUGUCGAAUCUUGAUCAAUAUCAGAUGAUGCCCGAAAAAGAAAAAGAUCAAUAUAAGAUCAAGAGAAUGUAAUUAUGUCACACAAUUUCAGUUGCAAAUCGCUUCUUUUACAGUUGAAGUUGAGGUAAAUAUUUCAAUAUUUCAUUUAAGAUACUCUUACAUUUGUAUGCAAUCGUUCAUAAAUGUCAUCGUGUAUGAGAUUAUUUAAGAAAAUAAAAAAGUUCUGAUGAUCGAGC